AUGUUCGGUGCAGUUGCACUGCGCUCCGCUUGUCGGCUGUGGUUGCGGUCGACGCAGUGCACGGGACCAUGGGCUGAGGCGUCUCGAUACCGUUCCGCAAACGCCGAACGCUGCCACAAGUUGCAGAACGUAUCUCUUUACCAGCUGGGUAAACGCUGUACAAGCACUUGGAAUAACGGUGAUCAGCACCCAUCGGUGUGCUUCACAGGCGACGUGUUAUCAUUGCAGGCCGGCCUGAACACGCGCUUCACCGCCGAUCGUGCCAGCUCGGCGCUGCACUCGAGGUUUGGGUCUGUUCGCGGUGCGAGCAGCCUUACACCUCCACGGUCUGCUUCUAGAGGUCUCGCUCAGGGACAGGCUGGAGUUCAAAACGGUGCCGUCGCUAUCGUUCUGCUCAGCGGUGGUCUGGACUCAGCAACGACGCUGGCGAUUGCACGCUCGCAAGGGUUCAUCUGCAAGGCCCUGAGUUUCGAUUACGGGCAACGGCACCGCUGCGAACUCGAAGCGGCACGGCGCGUAGCGCGAGCGCAGCAAGUCACUGGACAGCACUGGAUCCGCCUUGACCUCGGAAGUAUUGGCGGAUCAGCAUUGACAGCUCCCGAUAUACCCGUUCCCAAAGCAGCGAACGUCGACGAUGUCUGGGAACAUACCCCAGAAACAAUCCCGCUGACCUAUGUGCCAGCGAGGAAUACGAUAUUUCUCGCGUAUGCGCUCGCCCUCGCCGAGGUUCAGGGCUCUUACGAUAUUUUCAUCGGCGCAAACGCUGUGGAUUACUCAGGGUACCCCGACUGUCGGCCGGAAUUCUUUCACGCUUUUGAGCGGGUUGCCGAGCUGGGCACCCGCGCUGGUGUGGCGCCUUCCGAUGCAAGGCGCUUUCGAAUCCAUGCACCACUGUUGCAGAUGCCGAAGACCGAGAUCAUUCGCACAGGCCUGGCGCUCGGUGUGGACUACUCCAUCACGCACAGCUGUUACGAUCCGUUAGAUGAGUCGGGGAAACCGUGCCGACGCUGCGACGCCUGUCGUAUCAGGCAUACUGCAUUUCGAGAGCUGGGGCUCGAGGAUCCACAACUGAGCCGAUUCGGGGCUGGUUCCGCUGCGGCACCACGCACCGCAAAGAGCGAAUAA